GCAAGUGCCAGGAUCCUCGUUCUUGCCACCAUCUCCUCCUGCUGCACUGUUCGUUUUCAGCUUCCUCGAGUCGCUCUUCGCCCUGGAGAGACCAAUUGAAGAGCUUACCGGAGUUAUAUACGAUGUCGAACCCCAACUAUCCGUACAUGUACCUUUCGCCCUCGCAUCCACCACCCUACCCUCCUAUCUACCAGUCGAUGGCCAGCAUCCCUCUCACACGGAUUGGAUACAAGACGCACGCACCGAAGAGGAGCAUCGACACCGAUGCGGAAGAGCAUAACGCGGCAAAGAGGCAGAAGAAGGUCGACGAGCAGCAGGAGCGAAGCACGGAGGAGUCAACAACGAAUGCAGUGGAGCCACCCACACGUCCGCCUGUACUCACGCAACCCCGUGAAGCUACAGUGCCCCUGAUCGACCGACUCGCAUUUGGGGGCAUCGACGGGGCGGCGCGUGUUUUUGGAGACCAGCAGCUCGCCUUCGAAUUUCAGGCCGAGAUGCUCGAGACGACGCUGCAGAAUGACGGUAUGGACUCUAUCAGCGCGGCGAGAUGGGCGUGGCAGCGACUUGUCGAGCGGCGCUCGGACCUCGGUACGGUAUCCAUCCCGAGGGAGGAAUCAUCGCCACCUGCAACGACACCUGCGGGAACGGAUGGCGGACCCUCUACACAGCGCGGUGACGUCGCGCACGAUACCAUUCGGAAAACCGGCGUGAACGCUGCGAGUGCCCCAAGCGCGCCGUCUUACCCACCAUCGUCGUCCUCGACACCGACGUCCGCGAAUCAAGAAGCACCUGCAGUUGGCCCUCUGCACGCGACGGAAGCUCCAAUGUACCGCCAUACGAACUCGUCCUCGCUCGCUGGGCUUGAUGGCGGCCCUGAGCUUCUGGAUCCAUUUAGUGCAUAUGGCAGCGAUGCACCGAGCGCGCCUUCCUUUAGCUAUCGUAGGCCUCCAGCAGCAAGGGCACAGUAUCCAGCGCACUUGCGCGCAGAAGCGCAGUGCAAAUGCCAAGGCUGCUUCGACCCGAUCAAGUCGUCCGAGAGCGUCAACGGAGGCUGCAAACACCACUACUGCACCGACUGCAUUGGGCGCCUCGUCCGCGCCACACUUACCGACGAAUCACUCCUCCCACUGCGCUGCUGCAACAAGCCCUUCAACUCGGAGGAAGUUGAGGCCAAGCUCCCUCCCGACCUCCUCGAGCAGUAUAGGGCAAAGCGCUGGGAGUACGCGGUCCCUGCCAAUGUCCGGGUGUACUGUGCGAAAGCGGGGUGCUCUGCGUUCCUCGGCGAGAGCGAGGCACCAUUUUGGCGACCGGCGGCGCCUACCGAGAUAACGUGCGUGGCGUGCGGCACGACGACGUGCGUGCGUUGCAGGCAGGUCUGGCAUGCGGGGCGCGACUGCGUGCAGGAGUCGACGGCGCAGUUCGACGCGCUGGUGAAGGCGAGGAAUUGGAAGCGCUGCCCGUGGUGCGGGUCGACUGUCGAGCGGACGGAGGGGUGCUCGCAGAUGACGUGCCGGUGCGGGAAGGAGUUUUGUUAUCGCUGUGGCAAGAAAUUCGGCGUGAGGCAUAAGUGUAAGUAGGGCCCUCGUAAAGAAACGAUAUGAAGGUGAACAGCCGUAUACCGUAGCUAGUAGCCAAUGGACAUGUGUACUUUAUAGGUAGAUACGACAGAAUGUAUUUCGUUGCAACUCUGAAAA